UCGGACAAUCCAUAACCCCGAUGGAUACGCGUCGUGAACUACGAGAAUCCACCCACCAACCAGUUGCUGAAACAAGCGAUUUAUACGAGAAAGCAAGUAGCGUGAACAGAUUGAGCUGUGAAUGUUCAUUGGGGACCCAUGGAUUCAGCCACUCUGCAAAUGCCCACGUCAAAAUUUGUUCUUUCCCCGCUUGCUUCAGUGGUGAAGGUUGCCACUCCAAAGAAGAAUACCAUUAAUUUUGGGUCCAAUUUCAGAAGAAGUGUCUCCAAAAUUCGGCCAAAAAAAUAUAUUUCUGUGUCAAGUUUAAAGGCAGAUGAGAACAGACGCAGAAGUAAUCUUGAAUCCCUGUUUUGUUAUGAUAAGGCUAUUCCAGAAGAAAGAAUUGAGAAGCCUAUUGGGUUAUUUUUGGCAGAGAAAGCUAUUGGUAACAAUCCCCGAUGCACUGAUUGCCAAGCCAAAGGUGCCGUGCUUUGCACCACUUGUGCUGGUUCUGGUCUAUACGUUGACUCCAUAUUGGAAAGCCAGGGCAUAAUUGUUAAAGUUCGUUGCUUAGGUUGCGGGGGAACUGGUAAUAUAAUGUGUACAGAAUGUGGGGGACGAGGUCAUCUGGGACCCAAAUGAUCAAAGACAUUUUAGAAUUUUGUUGUCCGACCCGUAUGUAAUAUUUUGGUUGUUAUUGCUUGUAACCAUGAUCAUAUUUUUUAAAAUCAAUGACUGGUUAUGACUAAGACCCAAGAUAUCUACCAAAGAAUCUCAGCCAUUCUCAAUCCAUGAGGUAAAGCUCAGAUAGCUGUAAUAUUUAUUCUUAUUUGUGGUUUCUCAAAAGUAUUUUCUUUGCUCACAGAGAUUACCUGUAAUAAAUUUACACGAAAGUGACAUAUAGUUGAUUUACUCCUUUAAGGAAAAUUUUCCCAUGAACAUUAUGUCCCUUUGAUUUGUAGAAUAGUUGGGAACUACAUUAAACUUAUUAAUGUUGUGGUGCAGGGAUUUUUUUAUAUAUAUAUGAUAUAUGGUUUUGUUG